AUGCAUCUCAGCAUAAUAUCUCUUCUUUGCGCUGUUGCCUACGGCAUAAACCGUAUUUCAGGUCCAAAUCUCAAAGCUGUUAACUUUGCCGGAAAGAUAAAAAGACAAAAGCUGAACGGAAGCCUGAUAAGAGAUGUAGAAGUGGAUUCGGAAAGUUCCUGUCAGUUUGAGUGUGUGUAUGAAGAGCGAUGUCAGUCUUACAACUUUGGAACCGUAAAGGGCGACUCAAACAAAUUCAAGUGUCAACUAAGCGACUCUGAUCGAUUUGCUGGAUUUGCUAACUUUAUCGAGGAUAAAGAUUUCAUUUACAGGGGAAUAAAGGUAAGCUAAAUCUGUUUAGUGCAUCAACAAUGACUUCUGUUGUGGAUCAGAAUUAAAAUCUUGAUUAACUUUGAACUAUUUAAGUUUUCAUUUCUUCUUUUACCUCCUUAUCUGCUUAAGAAGAUCUGUAAAUAAUCGUGAUAGAAAUUUUCCGGCUGUUGACGUUAGGGGAAGGGGGCUCCACUCACGAAAAACGGCAUUCUUGCUUUUCUUUGAAGUAAAUCUACCAUGUCAACUGGUCGCAUUUUGCUAUCCAACAAGAAAGGAUGUGUAUUCUGUUGCGCUUCGUAAUAAAAUUGUCGCAUAUUGUAGCAAGACUUGGUUUUCUUAGACGGAGCGUGAGGAGACCCACUCAUGGCUAUAACCAUCGUCAAUGAUGAUAAAAAGAUACUGAUAAAAGUAUUGAUUAUGACAUUGAUGAUAAAAAUAAAAGCUAUCAUUCAUCAUGAUAUCAUUAUCGUCAUCAUCAUCAUCAUCAUUAUCAUGGUGGUAAACUCAUACCCGAGGUCUCUAUUUCCCUAAGAACGAGGCUUGUGUAUGGUCUCGUAGACUUUGUUUAUCUCCCAACCUAUCAAAGGUUUUUUGUUGCACGUAACAGGGUGCGCAAGCCGAAGGCCAUAUCUUGAAGAAAUUUGUGCAAAUCCUGUUCGCAACCAAAUGAGUUGCUAUCCUUCGAAUAUCCCUGCGCUAUUGAAAGAAAGAAACUCCUUUGACUUACAGAUGUUUAGGAAGUUACUCGACACAACUUUUUUCUCUAGAGCGCGUGUGAAGAGGACAGUUUCCAAUGUGGUGAUCACGGUAUAUGUGUUCCCAACUAUCAAGAUGACAGCAUUCAAUGCCAGUGUAAGCAUGGCUUCACAGGAAAACCUUGCGGUAGGUAUAUGUCGCUUUGUUAAGGUAUAGAAAAAGCCUCAAUUAUCAUAUAAAGAAGUGAUUUCGAAUAGGUUCUUUAUUUCCUCGCAAAUUAAUAGAACCGAAAAGCUGCUCUCAAUUGUUUCAAGAUGGUUCCAAUUCUAGUGGCUUAUACACCAUCAAUCCGGAUGGCGGCAAACCAAUCCAAGUGUUAUGUGACAUGAUCACAGACGGUGGAGGCUGGACCGUUUUUCAGAAACGCUUGGACGGCUCUGUUGACUUCUAUCUUAAAUGGGAAUCCUACAAAAACGGCUUCGGAGAUCUGAGCGGAGAGUUCUGGCUUGGAAACGACAAUCUUCACCGUUUAACAGCCGCUGAUCAUGUCAUGUUGAGAGUUGACCUGGAAGACUUUGAAGGGAAAAUCACAUACGCUGAGUACACGAAUUUUGGUGUGGCAGACGAAGCUGAUAAGUACCGGCUUUUGAUUGGAGGAUACAAGGGCACCGCUGGUGACUCUAUGACGCAACAUAAGUAAGUAAGGAAUUCAGGUUGACUGAGACAGAAUCCAUUUCCAGCCGCGGGAAGCAUGUUUCGAAUAGGGAUGUGGCUUUAGAAAUUGAUUUGGAAGGGAACUAAUCAUGAACGGCUUAUCACAUCUAGUUUGAAUGUUGUAUGUAAAGAGAAACAUUUCCAGAUAAAACAAAGGAAAACGUAGGGCUUUGAUGUUUAUUUUGGGAGUUUAAUGUUUUAUUGGUCUCCAUCCUCGUUUAAAUUUUGAAUCGUCACAAUCACAAUCGCAAACGGGCAAAACUAGAAUUGUUCCGAAAAAGUCAAAGCACAAAUUUGUGAUGUAAAAUUUUUGCUUCGUCUGUUGCAUCCGCAUCAAAAAAAUUUGAAAGCCAUCCAAAAUUCCGUCAGUGCCUGAUGUGCUCAUAAAACCAGCCAGCCAAGUUUGCCAAAGGAUUAAACCUCCAAUUUCCAGGAUUUGUACAAGCCGUUUUAAAAAAUUUAAUCCACGUGUUUUGCAACAAAAGAUAAUUAUUGCCUUCCUACUAUACUGCUUUCAGUUCAAUUACACGCUGGUCGCAGCUUUUACGACAAAUGAUCGAAAAGUUUCUCACAGUUUUGUUUAUUAAGUCGAUUUUGUUCAGUUUUUACUCGGGGCAAAUGUUGUCGGCAGUGCGUUUGAAGAUUUGUCCGCCUAACCAACCAUACAAUUGGGUGGAAUAAUUCUAAAAUUAUCACCACUAAUCGGCGUUACCACCAGCGCCUUUGUUUGGAGGCUUGGCAUAUUAACUCCGCCCACGCUCCUUUAAAUCGUGACGAUAGCGGUUUGCUUCCUGACGCCUAUUUACACCUCGUCAGAAAAAGGGCUGCUAAUUAGUGAUCAUAUAAAAGGACCUCUUGUUGCAGCGUUUAGAUCACCCUUGAUGAAGGCACUAGACAGGAGUGUCGAAAGGUUGGGUCUAUAAAUUGUAACCUCUUCGGUUACAUUUAUUAAAUCUGCAAACCAGUGUAGCAUCAAAAUAUGUCCAAAAUUUGUCAAGUCGCGACAAACAAUUUGCACUUGUAAAAUGUUGAUGAUGACAGGAAACAACUUAUUCGCUGGUGCGGAAAGGCCCUAACUUUAUAUACUCAAGGAAUUGAUAAACCAAAAGACUUUCGGGAGCCUCAAACAAACUACAUCAACAUACACUUCCAGUAGUAUGUGAGACUUCAGUAAGAUUGAGAUCUCAACAGCUUUUCAAGGUUCCGAUCUGAUAAGCCACGUGACUUGAUAACGUAAUCCAAUAACCUAGACUGCCAAGAAUGUGCCGCCUUUGCUUUAACACCCGCAAAUGGAUAAACGUUCAAAGCUUCUUGAAAAAGGACGAUAAACCGUAGGCCCCAUCUCCUGCAUCUUCUUUCUACUGGUUAGCAGGGGAUGUUCAAGAACUCACACACUUCUCGCAAAGAGAAGGAAACGAAGUUCCUGAUGUUGUGGACUGGCCUAGUUGUCAUUAGUUUGUAUAGGCUACCAUCCAAACCAGCUUUAAAGCUUUAAAAGAAUAAUUAUUGCUUUUUAUGUGUCUAAACAUGGUGAAAACAAGCUUACAUGAAAUUUGAUUUCAUUUCAGCAAUAUGGGGUUUUCUACGAAUGAUCAAGAAAAUGAUUUAGAUAGCAGCCACUGCUCCCAACAUUUCAAGGGAGCCUGGUGGUACGAAAGCUGCCAUCACUCCAAUCUGAACGGAUUGUAUCUCAAUGGCUCCCAUGUGUCCUAUGCUGAUGGGGUCAACUGGUAUUCUUUCAGGGGCUAUCAUUACUCACUAAAACGCACCGAGAUGAAAGUGAGAACCAAAGCAUAGGACAAUGUUCAUCCAGGAUAAAGUGCCAAUCAAAUCGAGACUUUAAGAUCCCCCCAGGCAACGCUCGGGCAUUUGACUGUCGUUCUUUCCAAAGGGUGGGGAACUUGAACCUUGCCUGGGUGGGGUGGUCAAGUCCCUCCGGUUGAAUACAUGUGUUUUAUCUUUUAAGAUGGAGCUGUUUAAAGAUAAAUAGUUCACUUUCGCAAGAAGAUGGCUCAG